AUGAAAACUUCACCAGCUGAACCAACAGUUACUAGCACACCCUUUCUCUUUGCGAAACUCGUAGUCGAAUCCGAAGUAGUCAAACCCGAUGUAUUAGACAAAAAACAACCGAUCGUUAUUAUCGGUCUUCAUGGAUGGGAACCAAAAAUAGUUCAAGGAUUUGUGAAAUUAGAUUCAAACAAAUUCUGCGUGAAAAUGGCUGAAGCAAUCCGUCUAAAACUGAAAUUAGGUCCAAAUGAAGGCGAUAUUACGAGUAUUCCGUUGGACGGAUACGGAACAAUUUUAGGACGAUAUGAAAAUUACUUGAAGAAAAUAAAAGGCGAUAAGACGAAAUGUGAUAAAAUCAAGAAUGCCAAAGCUUUGUUUGUGGUUGCACAUUCGCAAGGUGUUCCCGUUAGUGUUCUUUUAAUGCAGAAAUUGAUUGAAGACGGAUUAGUUAAUCCAGAUCAACAAAAGAUUUGUGCUUGUUUGAUGGCGUCAAUUUCGCAAGGACCUAAUCCAAGAUUUGAUGUUGGAGGUGAACUUGCUAAAAUAGUCGGUGAUGAUCACACAGCGGGAAUGUUUGAACUUCAAACCUCUUCAUCGAAAAUAUCGCAGACAUAUCGUGAUGCUACAAUGAACCUCCUGAAGCGUGGAGUCAAGUUUGUGUAUUUUGCUUCUGGAAAUGAUGAAGCAGUUCCGCUUCAUUCGGCAUUAUACUCGAAUAUGGAUCACCCGUCAAUUAAACGUGGGAUAUAUGUUGCCGGUUAUGUAUAUGAAGAGAAAAAAUUUAUAGCAGCUCUAAUAAGCAUUCUUCUCCGAAUUCGAAACAACAAUCAUUCUGAUCAUGGUCUAUUGGUUCUCUUGAGUGAUUCUCUAAUUGGAUACUUAAAAGACGGAGGACACACACAUUUACACGAAGAACCCGAUGCCUAUAAAUACGCAUUCGAUCAUUUAAACUCAAAAGAAGAAUACAAAGACAUCGACGCAAAAUUCACUGAAUUUGAUUACAAGUUACCUGAAAAACCACAUAUGACCUACGUACCAUGGGCAAUGCGCGGUCUAUUGUCCGACGAAAAGACAAUUAUUUCUGAGAAACUUAGUUCCGAUUUCAGAGAAUUGCGAAAUAACUUUAAAACUUGGUCGCCUCGUCCGCUUGAUCUUGUUGCGAAUGAAUUGAAAUGUGUCUUACAGCCCUUUGGAGAUGAUACAGAGGCACGGUAUAUUGAUGUGUAUCAGGAUACGAUGUCGAGGUUGUAA